ACCCGCGCGCGCGAUGCACGCCGCCGCCCGAACGAUCGCGCGACGAUGCGCGCGACGCGCGUCCGUCUCCACGUCCGUCGCGCGUCAAUUCGCGGCCGUGCCGCAGGGCGCAGGAGGCGCGACGAGCAACGCGGAUGAAUACGCGAAGAUUCGCGCGACGCACGCGAACGUGACGUGGCCGGAAAUUAUCAAUAAACCGAUCGAAGAGGUCGAUCCGGAGAUGUCGGAGAUCAUCGAGCGGGAAAAGGCGCGACAGUGGAAGGGGCUCGAACUCAUUCCUUCGGAAAAUUUCGUGUCGAAGUCGGUGAUGGACGCCGUGGGGUCCAUCAUGACGAACAAGUACUCUGAGGGUUACCCGGGAGCGCGUUAUUACGGUGGUAACGAGUUCAUCGAUAUGGCUGAGUCGAUGUGCCAAGAGCGCGCGCUCAAGGCGUUCAACCUGGACCCGGCGAAGUGGGGGGUGAACGUGCAGUCGCUCUCGGGUUCGCCCGCGAACUUCCAGGUGUACACCGCGCUUUUGCAGCCGCACGAUAAGAUCAUGGCGCUCGAUUUGCCGCACGGUGGUCACUUGUCGCACGGUUACCAAACCGACACGAAGAAGAUUAGUGCGACGUCCAUCUUUUUCACUUCCGUGCCGUACCGCUUGGACGAGUCCACCGGCUUGAUUGACUACGACGCGUGCGAAAAGACUGCGGCUUUGGUUCGCCCGAAGUUGAUCGUCGCCGGUGCGUCCGCCUACGCGCGUUUGUACGAUUACCCGCGAAUGCGCAAGAUUGCGGACAACUCCAACGCCAUCUUGCUCGCCGACAUGGCGCACAUUUCCGGUUUGGUCGCCGCGGGCGAGGUGCCGUCGCCGUUCGACUACGCCGAUGUCGUCACCACGACCACGCACAAGUCUCUCCGAGGCCCGCGUGGUGCGAUGAUCUUCUACCGUAAGGGUGAGAAGGGCAAGGAUAAGAAAGGCAACCCGAUCAUGUACGAUUUGGAGAGCAAGAUUGAUUUCGCCGUCUUCCCGGGUCUCCAAGGGGGUCCCCACAACCACACCAUCGCCGGUCUCGCGGUGGCGCUCAAGCAAGCGGCUAGCCCGGAGUUCAAGGCUUACCAAAGGCAAGUCAUGAGCAACAUGCAAGCCAUGGCGAACCGCCUCGUCCAACACGGUAUCAAGCUUGUGUCUGGGGGUACGGAUAACCAUCUCGCUUUGCUCGACUUGCGCCCGAUGGGCGUCGACGGCUCUCGCGUCGAGCGCGUCUUGGAGCUCGCGCACAUCGCGUGCAACAAGAACACCGUCCCGGGUGACGUUUCUGCCAUGGUGCCGGGUGGUUUGCGCAUCGGUACUCCGGCGUUGACCUCGCGUGGUUUCACCGAGAAGGAUUUUGAACAAGUCGCCGAGUUCAUCGUUCGCGGCAUCAAAAUCGCGCAAGACGUCAAGUCCAAGUCUGAAGGCACCAAGCUCAAGGACUUCCGCGCCGCGCUCGAGUCCAAGGAGUGGCCGGAGCUCACGCAACUGACCAAGGAUGUCGAGGAGUUCGCCACGCAAUUCCCGACCAUCGGUUUCGAGAAGGCUGAAGGCAAGUACACGCAGUCUCUGUGAGUUUUUGAAACGCGCGCGCUUUACUCUGUUCAUUUAUAUCACUCAUCAGCACGAUGAAUUACGAAAUUUGCAAUGUUCACACACCAUGAUUUUGUUUC